GGUGUUAAUUAAUGCGCGGUCUCGAUGUUUGCGACGAAAAAAAAGUCAUAUAGGCUUCGUGUCUAACCAUAUGUGUACUGGAUUUGACUGAAGCUCGGUCUCUGGGAAGGAGCUGCGAGAUUUUUACAUAACAGAACACUCGAUCAGAAGCCUACUCAUCACAGAUGGAUUUUCUGUCCCAGAUAAACCACCUCUUUCGGUAAGAAUAUUGGAAAAUAUCCGUUAAAUUAUCUCAAUCCGAAUGUGCGAGCAAUACCAGUUUGUUGUACAGCGAUUACAUUCGGUACUAAGCUAUAAGAAGAAAACCUGUUGCCGGCGUUUUCCGGCCUUUAAUUUCUACAGACAACACUGCUAACAGAAUCGAUCACCGAGGGAGACGUUCAGUGUUGCCAGUGCGUAAUGAAAAAGAAAUUUCCCUCUGUGACACUUGUGGUCACACUUCUUCGACGCUCGCACCAUGACUCUUUCGAUCUCAACGAACCUUCUGAGCAAAUCUACUUCAACUUUCCCUUAAAAGACAUGUUAUCAACAAGUGUUUACUUUCGACUGAUCGUUUCUUCAGUUACUUUUCGAAAGGUGAGGAAAUGGCGUCGUCACCUAGAGAAAUUAGCUCGAACUUGUUGCAUCUGUAGCCUUCGCGAAAUAAAGCGGUGGGAAUAAAUUUAAAUUCAAGAUUUAAGCUUCAUAAAAACAAACGAUCUUGGUGAUAUCUGUUGGAAUAGUACCCGGUUAAACCCAGUUAUUGUCUUGAAAAUUCGCUCACAAGAUCAUUCUCUAACCUCUCUUUUCUAUAUAUACAUGAACCUUCUCUGGUUCAUGUUUAUAUAUAAUAAAACAGAAGAUACAGGUAACUAACUUUUUUUGUCAUGCGCUGGCGAAACACAUUAUCCCACGUUUUUAUGCAUGUUUUCAAGGAAGUCGUACUUGAUUGCAAAGAAAUUCGCACUUGUCAACGUUUAUGUUAAUAUUUAUAGAACAACUGAAUCUAUCGGUUUCCGUGGGAUGGGAUUUUGUAUUUUGCUCUAUUUCUCGGGAAUUUAGGACCGUGUUUCGCCUUCGUGUUUUCGUCAUGCGUUUGCGAUUUAGCCCCAAGGCUUUCUGACCUGUUUAAAACGCAUUUCAAUGUCUUAUAGGAUCCUUAAAGAGAUGUGGAAACUGUACUACUCUAUCUCAUCGCAAACUUUAUAGAAUAGGUCGAAGAAACUAUCUUUUAAAAUAUGUUGUUUUUUUCAUUUAGUUUCCUUUCGCUACAGCUGCUUUCAAAGUCAGUGCUUUUAAACCCGCCUUAUCAGCAACUAUUCAACUUCACAUAACAAAGCCUUUCCUGUUUGGAGUAGCAAUUUGAUCACUGCCCGAAGAGACAAUGUUUUCGAAUUGGUGUUGUUUCCUGGGUAACCUGCAUAUAAAUGAAUUAUAGCGAUCACCUGAUCACGUUGAUCGCUUUGAAAAUGUUCCAGGCUGCCUCUGGUGUUUUCAUUGUAUUUUUUGUAUAUUUUGGUUUUUGCUUUUUUCCAUUUUUUUUUUUUUUAUUUUAUGCGAUGGCGGUAUUGCAACCUUUUGUAGUAACGGAAACAUUCUCUGUGAAGGCCGGCUGAAAAUACAGUUAUCCCACUUUUCUUGAUCUAGAUGGAAAUAUCAAAUUUAUAAUUUUGUAUUCAGGAGUGUCUUAUGUUAAUAACUCCGGGAAACCUUUGAAUACAUGAUUUCAUGACAAGAGAUCUAAAGAUGCAAUCAUGAUUUAUAUAGAUUAUUUCCCCUAGUGAUUUUUAUUUAUUUUUACGCGAUCGAAGUGGAAAUGUGAAACAUUUCGUUUUUUCGGAUGGUAAGGACUGGAAAAUGAUUAAAGCCAUUAUCAUCGUUUAAAAGCCAUCUGCCGAUCAAAGGCUUUAUGUAAAACAAGGGUUUAAGUAAUUUGAUAGAGAUAUUUAAAUAACUCUAAAGGCCAAGAACCUGUUUGUACAGCUGUUUCAUUCAUGACUCAGUCAUAAACAUCGCGACAUAAUGUCUACUCCCAUAGAAAAUUAAUACCUUAAUGCUGUGAAAUUAUUAGUACCUCCGGUCAUAGAUUUCAGUGCUAGUAUUGCCAGUUAAUGCCUUUCAGAUCCUCAACGGUUUAAACACGGCCGAUUGCGUGCGACAGUCGGUGCGUGGUAUGAUCCUCAAAGAAAGGGUAGUCUUAAAACGAAAGAUUGUUUAUAGAAAUGAUUGGCGUUUCGAAAGCAUUAGCGGAAGUCGUCAUAAAAUAAAGAAAGACUUCCGCUCAGAUUCUCGAAACGUCAGUCACUGGGGCCCGUUUCUCGAAAGUCCCGGGAACUAAGCGGGCCUGAAGUCAUAACUAAUUUUAAAUAUGAAUCUUAAGGGAGAGUAGUGCUGGUCUUAGCUCAAAUGCUAGUUCAAUUCGUCUCUUUUCCUGAUAUUUUCAUUUUUUUUUUAACAAACUUUUGAUAUCCCAGUCUUGUCAGAAAAACAAGGGAAAAAGACGUUUUCAAAAUCGGUAACUUCCAAAACUUUCGAGUAAAUGACCCAAUCCUUUUUCCACACUGCCGCUGACUCUAAUGAUCACACCGCGCGAUUGAUUUACAUUGUGCUUAUCUUCUAAUGCAGACGUGACAUUUCGGAACAAAUCCAAAAUUUUAUAAACGGCGAGUUCGUGCCUCCAGAGGAUGGAAGAUUCGCCGACACUUUGAAUCCAAGUACAGGGGAAGUGUUAUGCAGAUACCCAGUCUCGACUGUGAAGGAUGUAGAAAGAGCUAUAGACGCCGCCAGGUCUGCAUUUUAUUCAUGGUCUAAAGUUUGUAAGGUAAGUGAUUAUUCUUUGUCUCAUGACUCUAAAAUUAUGUAUGUUGGUCAGGAGCGUAAGAUAAAGCAAAAAAUGUACAAUUAUCACGCGGAAUCGAACCCAAGUUCUCCCCUCCUGACAUCUGAUCGUAAGAUAUGCGAGUUUUCUUAUUUUUUGUGUUUUUAAUUGUCCUUUUGGCUUUUUUGUGCGAGAAAUAGAAUGAGAGAGCAAAGAUUUUAAAUCAAGUGGCGAAGUUAUUGGGGAAAAGGUCUGAGGCUUUCAUUCGCGCUGAGAUUAUGGACCAGGGUAGAGCAAUCCAUGGUGUAAGCAAGGAAGACAACGACAUUACCAGAGAGGUUCUCAAUAUUAAAUAUUUUACUGCGCAAGCCGUUGCUACUGUGGAAUCAGCAACACAAUCACAAGGUAAGAAAGUAAGAAAGAAAUAAAAGAAAGAUGUUUUUCGUCUUGUCACGAGCGUGGGAAAAAGAAAAAACUUUGAGUCCCCAUGAAGAAUCGAACCUCAGACCUUCGGAUUCCGCGCUCCGAUGCUCUACCACUGAGCCACAGAGAAUCCACGGUGAGCGAGGUCUAUUACGAAGUUCAUAUGACACGUGUCCUGCAUACUGCUAGGAUCAGCAAUGUCGAUAGAGUAAUGUUUGUAGAUAGAAAUUAGAGAGAUGGUAAGUUUUGAGCUCGGUAAAGAAGUAAAGAAAGAUGUUUUUCGUCUUGUCACGAGCUUGGGACAAAGAAAAAACUCUGAGUCCCCAUGAGGAAUCGAACCUCAGACCUUCGGAUUCCGCGCUCCGACGCUCUACCACUGAGUCACAGAGACUCCACGGUGAGCGAGGUUUACUUAGGAAAUUGAUAGCAAACUCUUAAUGGCAAAUAAAAUCUACAGUAAAAUGUAAACUUACUAUGUAACACCACAGAUUUCCGGAAAAGUAGUAUUUAUUGCAAUCUAAAAUAGGCCAUUUUACAGUUGUAUACUUCGUUGCCAAGCCUUUGAUUUGGAGUGAGGCUGAAGGUGACCUUGUUGUGAUAGCGACCAGUAUCUAGUUAGCAUGAUAACAAAGUAAUUUGCAUUUGAAAAGCAAGCAAGGUUUGUAUCAUGACAAGGUCACUCUUAGCCUCACUCCUGGUCAAAGGUUUGGCAACCAAGCACGCAACUGUAAAAUGGACUAUUGGAGACAGAGUGGCCUUAUGGUUGGUGCCCAGAACUCAGGGUUCACACGUCCAAGUGCGAGACCUGGCUAGGUCAAAACUCAGUUGAAGAUUGCACUACUCUGGUUAUUUUUCAGGUUCCGUCAGCUAUAGUACGCGGUAUCCUCUUGGCGUAGUUGGUAUAAUCACUUCCUGGGCUUCUCCUCUGCAUUCGAUUUUAUGGCAUGCAAUCCCAGCACUGGCCAGCGGCAACUGUGUGGUUAUAAAGCCUUCAUCUUUGGCUCCUGUUGAAGUCCAUUUGCUGGCCAAAACAUUCAGCGAUGCAGGUAACUGAGACAAGGGAAAGUUCUAUAAUUUGUAAUCAGCAUAAUUAAGACGAAAGAUGUUUUUAGCUUAGAACGAGCGUGAAACAAAGUAGAAAAAAGGCGUUCUCCCUGAGGAAUCGAGUCCCAGACCCUUGUGGUUGACAUUGGUGGACACGAACGGCAUUAACGUGGUAGGGGAAGAGGUAAUUCCUGCUCUAUAGCGUUCAAUGCUCUCGCGAAUCAAGUUUGAAAUUAAAGAUUUGUCUGAGGCCGGCUGAAGAACUUAAUUUAUUUGAAUUUAAUUAAGGAAAGGAAGCAAAUUACAAGGAAACAAAUGCCAUGAUAUAUUUAUCCUUUCAUUCAGUUAUUUACUUGUUUCUUUAUCUGUUCAGUCAAUAUUCGUCUUGUGUACGUAACACUCGAUUCCUUGAUUUCAGGGAUUCCAAGGGGCGUCGUGAACGUAGUCUAUGGCAAAGGUGACGUGCUUGGAAGAGCCAUGGCUGCGCAUCCAACUGUGAAAGCGUUGGCAUUGGUAAGAUAUUUAUCGUUAAAAGUUUUUGGAUAACUUCAUCAAAAUAGAAAUGAAUCUGUCGACUCUUCCAAAUAUCUAAUGCUGAUUGUUUCAUCGAACCUUCAGAUGCAGUACAUGUAGUCAUGUGUGCUGAUAUCAUAUCAGAGAGGCCUAAAAAAACAUUGAUCAAGAUGUUUCUUUUGCUGACUAAGGCAAUUACAAAUAUCUUAUUAAUAAUCAGCCGCAGCAAGAAAUUAAGAAUUUUUUCAUGGUUAGCGUGCGUAUAUCGAGUUAUGGAUGCACGCGGAAAGUUUGGAGAUCACGAAAAAUGCGUAAGAGUAGCUCGAGGCGCAGCCGAGAGCAACUCUAGCUUUUAGAGUGCUCUCCAAACUUCCCAAGUACGUUCAUAACUCGAUAUCCGUACAGCUAAAAGCAUGAGCAAAUUCUUUUAUAACAGAGCGACAACAAGGAUCUGCGCGAAGAAGCCUCUUAUUGAAAAUUCUCACAUCGCACAAAAAAAGUAAACAAACGUCCUUAUUGGCUGGUCAAAAACACGCCCCAUUUAUCCUUUGGUUCGAGCGAAAACAUUUGAUCCAGUUAACCGAUAACUGUGAAUGAAAAGCUUAAAUUUACGGGGAAAAUGAAGGAGAUCAAAGCCAAAUGAACUCGUGUCACUAAAAAAUGUUUUAAAAGUCAAAGACCCGAAGUUAUCAAGGGAUUUGAUAGUUCAAAAUAAUGUUUACGCUUCCGACAAAUUUGCGAAACGUGUAACUUGCGAGUUUUUUUCGGCUUUAUUUUUGUUGCUUGUUGGAUCAGGACCGAAAAGGUAAAUGCCGAUAGAAAAAUUGGGCAAUUCUUCGCUGGUUUCUUCCAUAUUUCAAAGAGAAGGAAAACUGCACUGCAGCUUAACAGGACGGAAACUCUGAUACCAGGUAAAAAAAAAAUGCUCACGUCAUCUUAUUUACACACGGGCGUGCGUAAAUAAAGAUUUUGUUCAAAGCGGCUUAAUAGGACUUAUAUAGGGCAAGCACGCGCGCUAUGUUAUAAGAUUUGUUUUAAGAAAUGCAGGUAUUAAUUUCCAUUUGAGGAAGAAUGUUUUUUACUAGUUGGCUUUUCACUAGUUUCAAGAAGGUCUUCGAGAAAGUUUGUUAUAUUAAAAUUUUAAGACCUCCAUCUAAUUCGAGAGAAGCGAAGAACCCAGUGUUUUGCCCAUUCAAUUUUGCGAUGCGCGUGUGGGUUAACCUGCGUGGCAGUCCUCAUCUUUUCUCCUCGGCCAACGGAGAAGUCUAAGUAACAGGAAGGCGUAGGACUCAAUCUAGCCUUCGCUCUUCCAACACGAGAUGAAGAGAAUACUCCGCAGACUACGUAUAGGUCUGGAUCCCUGUUCUCUAUAACACUGACAAUUUUCUUGAGCAAGAAAUGUUGACUCUUUUAUCGCCUCUUUUCGACUUUCAAGAUUCAUACUCAGGAUAUUCCCUACAAGUUGUUUAAAGAAGCUGACAGAUAUACUGGAAGUCUUCCUUUCUUCAUUCGUACACUAUUCAAUCCGCUUAUACGGUUAAAAUAGUCAUUGACUUGAGAGAUAUAUCACUUUAAGUGCAUGUGCAUUGACGUUCUUAAUGCAGAAUGACCGUUAAUUUUUCCAUCUCUUUAGGCAGGAAGCGAGAGGACUGCAUCUGCCAUACUUGCUGUAAGUCAGCUUCUUUAUACAAAAAAGUUCAUGUUUCGCUUAGGAAACUGUCAUCCGAUGAUCGUCUUCGACGACGCUAAUUUAGAGGAAGUUCUCCCAGUUGCAAUCAGAGGAAGGUAAUGAAAAUAGCUUUUCUUUUAGUUACACUCCCACAUAAUCCUGCCUGACUUGUUUAUCAUUUCAAGUUUUCGCUGUUUGUGAAUCAAUCAUAUGCGCUGAAUUUAUUACGAUCAUGCGGCGUCAAUCUCGAAUAAUUUGUGUCGUAGAUCCUCUUGGAGUGCUGGUUGCAAUCCAAAUGUUCCAAUCACCAUGAUAAACAAUAUUCAGUUUUUGUCGCCCUCAGAUACAACAAGGGAUGAUUAAAGUGGGUUCUAACCAUAAUUAAAACUAGGUUGAAAUUAGCACCAGCUCAAUAGCGUAUUGUUUUGUUCCCAGUUUUCUCCGCAACGAGGGUCAAAACGUCCACUCUAUCAACCGCAUUUUCGUUCACGCAUCCAUCUUGCAAACAUUUACUGAAAGAUUCAUCAGAGUGGUACAGAGGUUGAAGAUUGGCAGUGCACAUGAGACAGGGAUACAGGUAAAAUAACGUCUUUCUCGGCUUCAUGUACCUCCUCACAAAUCACAGGAAAACACUGAACCUCGAAGAAAAACUUGGCAAGUCAAGCCCACAAAUCUUCUUGUUUACAUCCCAGCAUUUCAUUUACGAUUAUAGAAGGACUGAAAUCUCUCAAUCUAUUCUGAUCAUCUUAGAUUAAGCGUAAGUGCCGAAGAUUGAAAAAAUUACAAUACUCUAUUUCACAAAAAAAGUACCUAAAUAAGUUUAAAAAGUCUUAAAGGUAGCGAAGUUACCCACUGUUAGCCAGGCCAACAUCCAAAUAUCCAAAUUUAAAAUCCAAAUAACUAAUGUUCAAAGUCCCAAAAGGUCAAUUGCAAAAUAAACCGACAUCGCACCAAAUUCAAAAUGGCGGUUUAUUGAUGCCUCACACUACCCUAUCACGUGACAAUGACCCGCAUUACGUAAAUAGUGAUAACAGUCUUUUGGUCCUUUUUGCAACAUAAAGAAUUAAUUCCCUUAACCCCUCAAGUCCCAAUAGCGACCUAGACAGAAUUUCUCCUUACACUAUCGGUACGAUAUGAAGGAGACAAGUAAUAAGAAUAAAGAAAAACAUAAAUUAGGGAAUUAUUGGUUGAUCCAAUUCCAAAUUCUUCAAGCUAACAUCACAUGAAUUGUAUGAUAGACAGUAAGGAGAAUUACUAAUUAAAUCUUGGGAGGGUCAGGAGCUUAAAUAGUGAAAGGGAAACAAGUAAUAGUUUGCAAAGAUGGAAUAAACUAAUAGUUAAGAGUGAUUGAAGAAAAAGACCCCGUGGAUUUCAAGUAACCAUCCUCAAACAUGUAGAUUAAGUUCAUGAGGAUGCAAAAAGUUUAUCUUCAACUUACUUUAUUGAGAGCCUAGUCGUUAAAAUCUAUCAUAUACUUUAGGUUGGUCCUUUAAUCAGCAAGGAACAUCGCCAGAAGAUCAUAGGUCUUAUUCAAGGCGCAGUGAACGAUGGAGCAGAGCUUCUGUGGGGCGGGAAAAUUCCAAAACUUGACAGCAAGUUAGCCAAAGGUUUCUUCCUGGAGCCCACGGUACUUGGAGGUCAGCAUAAAUAGCUUUACGUCAAUCAGUCAGGAGUAUGAUAAUGGUUUUAAAUUCCUACUAACCCCUUAACAUUUGAUAUUUAUAUGCAGGUUUCCAAAGUUCAACCAUUAGUACUAUAAACACCCUGGAGGUUCAAGGCCCAGUGGUAAAUACUCCUUUUUCUAUUGUCAGAAAGGGAAGGAUUGUCCAUUUAAAUGAUACGUUGUAAUCUUAUAUUUCGACGAGAAGUCAAUAGAAUCUCUCAGAAUAAUCAAAGCUUAUCAUUAAUAAGAAAAGAAAGAAAUGUAAACAGCAAAACUGAUGUAAGUGUUGCCGUUGGUUAGAUUACAAUGCGUCUCCUACAUGGAUUAUGUCAGACAAAACCUUUAAAAACCAACUCCUGAAGACGCAAGGUUCAGCAAAGUAAUUAGCCCAAACACUCUCUUUUAUUUCCUUUCAAAGGACAGUUUGAUUCUUUCCUUUAAGGAACGAAACAUGAAAGACCGAUAGCAGUUGUACCAAGAAAACACGGCAACAAAAUAAACUCUCUUGAGUGCUUUGAUUUCUUUUUCAGUUUGCGUAAGCUUUUUAUAAAUUUAACAACCCUCUGUCUCCUUUUCCUUCUAUCCCCUCUAAUUUCUGUUCGGAAUGGACUAUAUACAGCUCGCUUUUCCCUUAGGUAAGAAUCAUACCGUUUCGUACUGCAAACGAGGCUAUAGUAGGAGCAAACGGAACAAUGUAUGGCUUAUCAGCCUCGGUCUGGUGCAAAGAUGUUAAAGUAGCUCACAGUAUUGCAGACCAGUUAAAUGUCGGGUAAGGCUUUAUUACAGAAACUAAUUGGCAAAUUUAUGUUUUCCACGAUCUGUUAUUAUCAUCAUUAUGGCUUUCAUCUUUGAUUUUUCCCCUAGCCGUUAUCUUCGAUGAGAUGUAAAGCCAUUCUUAGCCACCCUCAAUGGGGUGCAGACAGUCACGGGUGAAUCUAGAGAUUUUAUGAUCUUCAGUGAGGUGACUCCGUGGAGUUACGUUGGUGAACACCUUACUUACGCACUGGCCCUAUGAUUUUGUAUACGUAUGGAGUUUUUUAAACCAAAAACUCUUUGUUCCUAUUGUUAUUUUUUUGCGUUGAAAAUCCACCAAAGGACCCACUGACCAGUUUAACUUGAUACUUGUUAGUUAUCACAAUUUGUAAAGUAUGAACCGCCCAUCACUCUAAACCCAUAAAAACAAAGAGUUAAAUGAAGAUGCCUAGAAGCAAGAAAUUGCACAUUCCCGCAAAAAUUUCAACAAAGGAUUUCCCGGAAAGGUUUGCAAUUUUUUGAUCUCAUGAGAGAACGUCGUAGACGUAACUUAGUUAAGACCGGCAUUUCACAAACUUCGCAAUUCGCAUUGAAGUCUGCUUCGCAGCGGUUAUAGGGUUGUCACGUAACCCACAUAGAUUUGAAAGGAGUGGCGCGUGCCACAGUAAAAGGCGGAUACGAGCAAGAGUACUUGUGCAUGAGCAGCAUUCUCUUUAGAACCUCCUUAAAAGCAGUGGUUAAAAAAUAACAAUAAUUCACAAAAAGCGCGAAGGAGAAGUGGAUUGCAUGCUGAUGUAGUAGAACCUACGUACUUGCCGUUCUGCACCAAAUUCUUCUGUUUUACAAUGAAGAAAAUUUCAAUACCUUGCACUCACGUGAACUUAUUUGAUUUUGUUUUAUUUAGCUCUGUAUGGAUUAACAGCUGGCUUCCAAACGAACCCAACAUGCCUCACGAAUCCUGGAAGCAGAGUGGACUGGGGCGAACAGGCGGGGCUUACUCCAUAGAUUUCUAUACCGAAUUGAAAACUGUUAGCAUAACAUUUUGAAUCACUGCAACUACAUCUCGUCAUAUCGUGCCAAGUUUUUCGUCAUGUUUAUUAUCAAAAAACAUUUCAUAUGUUAGGAUCGAAAAACCCCUUGAAAAACCUGCCACAAAUUUCCGAUUUCCUUAUCAAAGUAGCGCUUUAUAU